CCGGCGGGGCGGAGCCGCCGCCGCUGUCAUGGCGUCUCGGGAUCCGUCGGCGGAGAUUCGGCCGCCGCUGUGCCAAUAGAGCGCGGAGCAGCCGGGUGGCCGCCGGUCCGGGCAUGGAGAGCCCGGCGCAGCCCCCGCCGCCUCCGGGCCCGCUAAAGAGCGGCGGCGGGGGCGCCACCGAGCGGCUCCUCCCGGGAGAGGCGGCGGCCGGCGACGUCUGCCGGGACGGGCCCGGUGAGGAGGGCGGUGGGCGACGCAGCCCGUCCCCUCCGCCGGCCCCCGCAGGCCCUCGGGACGCGUCUCCCCUGCGGGGCGCCGAGAGCGCGGGGCCGACGCUCCCGGAGAGCCCUGGGGCGGCGGCGGGGGCCGGCUCCGGGAGCAGCGGGGCUGCCAGCCCCCCGGGGGAGGAGUCCCGCAGCCUGGACUCGCUGGAGUCGUUCUCCAACCUGCACUCCUGCUGCCCCAGCGGCUCCGAACUCAACAGCGACGCCGAGGAGGCGGUGGAGGCCGCCCCGGGGGGCCCGGCCCCGCGGCAUGAUGCGGAAAGGCCCGCCGCGGGCGCGCAGCUCCUCGCCGCUUCCAAGGAGCGCUUCCCGGGGCAGUCGGUGUACCACAUCAAGUGGGUGCGCUGGAAGGAGGAGAACACUCCCGUCAUCACCCAGAACGAGAACGGCCCUUGCCCCUUGCUAGCCAUCAUGAACGUGCUGCUGCUGGCCUGGAAGGUUAAACUGCCACCAAUGAUGGAAAUCAUAACGGCUGAACAGCUGAUGGAAUAUUUAGGAGAUUAUAUUCUUGAUGCAAAACCCAAAGAGAUAUCUGAAAUUCAGCGUCUAAAUUAUGAGCAGAAUAUGAGCGAUGCAAUGGCGAUUCUGCAUAAGUUACAGACAGGUCUGGAUGUCAAUGUGAAGUUUACAGGUGUACGAGUGUUUGAAUACACACCGGAAUGCAUAGUGUUUGACCUUCUUGACAUCCCUUUGUAUCACGGAUGGUUAGUGGAUCCCCAGGUUGCUGACAUAGUAAAAGCAGUUGGUAACUGCAGUUACAAUCAGCUCGUGGAGAAGAUAAUUUCUUGUAAGCAGUCUGACAACAGUGAACUGGUUAGUGAAGGAUUUGUAGCUGAGCAAUUCCUAAAUAAUACGGCUACGCAGCUGACGUACCAUGGGCUGUGCGAGUUGACUUCAGCUGUCCAGGAAGGAGAGCUCUGCGUGUUCUUCAGGAACAACCAUUUUAGCACCAUGACCAAAUAUAAGGGUCAACUUUACCUGCUGGUAACAGACCAAGGUUUUCUUACAGAAGAGAAAGUUGUCUGGGAGAGCUUGCACAAUGUGGAUGGUGAUGGAAAUUUCUGUGACUCCGAGUUCCACCUACGGCCUCCUUCAGACCCUGAAUCUGUCUACAGAGGGCAGCAGGAUCAAAUAGAUCAAGAUUAUCUGAUGGCUUUGUCUCUACAACAAGAGCAGCAAAAUCAAGAGAUUAACUGGGAACAGAUACCAGAAGGAAUCAGCGAUCUAGAGCUAGCAAAGAAGCUCCAAGAAGAGGAGGAUAGGCGAGCUUCUCAGUACUAUCAGGAACAAGAGCAAGCAGCUGCUCAGGUCCAGCAGGUGCAAGGUGCUCCUUCUCCAGCAAGUGGAAGACAAUCUGGGAGCAAUGAACGCAAACGUAAGGAGCCUCGAGAGAAAGAGAGAGAAAAAGAGAAGAAUAGCUGUGUUCUCUUGUAACAGUAAAUGGAUGACAGCAUGGAGCCAAGUGCAUGUCCUCAGAAGCAAAAACAAGGAGUACAAAGGAAGACAAACCCGUUACAUGCCGCCUGUGCCUGAUUACCCCACAGAUUUUGUUCACGUUUCAGGAGAAGAUGGGUGACUUUGUUACAAUCAUAUAGACUUUCUUCAAAGUCAUAGUGUAUGCUGCUUGAGAUGGAAUUCCAAAUCACAGUUGGAUGUGGCUGUGCUUUGAGUUAGUCAUAAGAAAUACUGCACCUUGUAGCUGAAAACACAAGUUAUGGCAAGUUUUGUGUCAUAGUGACAUCCAUUACAUAUUACAUCAGUAAGCUAUUUUAUCUUCCACUCUAAACAAAGAAGGUAACUGGUUUUGUUUAAGACUCUUUUCUUAAAGUAUGUACACUAGCACAACAGAAUCUUGUGUUACUUUCAUGGUAUGAAACUAUAUCUUAGGCUGGGUAUAGUCUUCACGACAUCAGCGCCCAAAUAACAGAUGGGUGUUGCCUCCUCAAUGUGUCCAGAUAUCUUUGCUUCUGGAUCUAGUACGUUUGGUUUUUUGAACCCAGAUUUAUACUGUGUUAGUGCUGUUGUUGCAUCUCUUUGCCAGCUUUCUUGCCCCAAGAAUACUUGACUUGAUCACAUACAAAAAUUGUUAUUAAAAAAUGGGGCAUUUAUUAAUGAGCAAGAUGAAUAUUGUUUGUUUUUCUUGCAAUUACAAACUGGGUUAUGACAACUCAGAUGUUAUCAGGGUUAAACAAGUAAUUUUAUAGGUCAUUUCUUUUCCUUUAAGUAUUUUUUUCCU